AUGUCAUCUUCGAUCGCACGCAACCUGGCUACAUGGCUCGUUCUUGCGUUCCUCCUGGGAAGUGGCUUCUCUGGAACGAAUUGCAUCGCCGCUAUGGUGAACGGAAAGCGCUACACUGCCACCUGCAACACUCCUCCUUGGCGUGACCCCAAUGUCAUUGAUCUGACCCGCGCCGAUGUAGACGCAUGGCUGCAUAUUUGCAGGGGCGUGUACAAUAACAGCACUAGCGAUGGUCGUCUGAACGACGAACAAGACGGAACGAGCGGUAUUCGAUUCGGAAACGCCACAGCCGCCGAGCGUGAGGCAGCAGCAGAACACCAAAGGAUCGUGAACACCGUCGUUCCAACGGUCCUGCUCGUCGGUGUCCCCCUACUGCUUCUGCUUGUACUGCUGCUGUGCCGCGCAUGGCAAAGGCGCUACAAGCUUGCCGCUUUGUGCAUCCUGCCAUUCGCCAAAUGCUCUCGCUGGCACCGCGAGCACAACUUCAAGCGCCAGCAGGCUAGGUCCGCGGCUGAAAUUCCCGAUGCGUUUUGUUUUCCUGAUGAAAGGAGCGAUCAGGCCAGCAUAAAGACUCAGGUGGCUAGCAUCGCCAGUUCAAGUACCCUCGGCCUCCGCCCCUACGAUCCCGAACACCACUGUCGUCCACGCCGGGUAGAGCAAUUGUAUGAUCGGUACAUCCAGUUGGACCGAUUUUUAGUUGCCAAGCGUGAUGCGGAUAAGCGCGAAAAAGAGCAAGCAAAGUUUGAAAAGAGACAGGCUCGCAAGAAAGCCUUUGGACGUCCCGACAGAUACUCGAUCACAUCACGCUUCGCAACCGCUGGCCCAGCUCGAGCCCAUGAAAUGUCCAAUUUCAGCAUCCCACGCGCUCUUUCUCGUACACCAGUCUCCGUCGACCUUCAAGCGCCCUCCGGAGCACUCAACUCUCGCUCAUCUUUAGGAAAUGCUCUUCAACUCGAUGCAGGCAACGGCUUCGCACCUCAACCGGUUAGCGCGUUCCCAGGCCUUAGAUGCAGCGAUGGCCGCGCGCAGAGUCGCUCGGUUGAUACUCUGCCUCUAUACGCGGCCCACAGGGACAACGAUGCUACUAUGACCAAAUCCCAGUCUCAAACCACUAAAAAGGAGGAUGUCACGGUCGCAUCGGCCGUUUUGCCCAGUUACAACUCUGUCUCAGCCUUUGAUCCCGGCGUCAUCCUCCUGUCCGUGUUCGCGACCAAGUAUGGCAUAGAGUAA